GUUGGUGAGUUUUUACCAUUAUGGCGGAGGGGCCAGCCGUGCGGAUGGACCGUCUCGCUCACUCUGAUGCUUGUUUUGUGUCUUGAGGGAGAGCGUUUUAUUUCUAUUUUUUACAUUUACCCACAACGGCCUGGUUCCUUUUUAACUAGACUGCACUUGUGUUUAUCGACGAAGUCAUGGCAGACCGCAGCGUGGAUUUGUCCGCUCUGCCAAAAGAGGUUAGAGACCAAUUGUCGGAGUUGGAUCUCGAGCUGUCUGAAGGUGACAUCACGCAAAAGGGCUAUGAGAAGAAGAGAGCCAAGCUGCUGGCCUCCUACAUCCCCUAUUUGCCAAAUCUGUCCCUGCCAGAUGUACAGCUUUCCCCGGGCCACAGUGCCGACCAGAGUCCGAGUCCGGAGGCCCCGGGCCCCUCCACAUCGUCAGCCUCCAGACACCACCGUGCACACCGCAGUGGAGGGGCCAGGGAUGACCGCUACAGAUCAGACAUCCACACAGAGGCCGUGCAGGCAGCACUGGCUAAACACAAAGAAGAGAAGAUGGCACUGCCGAUGCCAACAAAGAGACGCUCAGCCUUUGUCCAGUCUCCCAUAGAAACCUGCACACCUCCAGACACAUCUUCUGCAUCAGAGGAUGAGGGUUCACUGCGCAGAAAGGCAGCUUUCAGUGCAGUGCUAGCCCAGAGCCUGCAGAGCCCGGAUUACUGGAUCAACCGUUCUGUCCAGAGCUCCUCCACGUCCUCAUCUGCUUCUUCCACCCUCUCCCAUGGAGAGCCCAAGACCCAGCCCCAGCCCCAGCCCCAACCUGCGGUUUCCUUGUUGGCCGAUGUACUGGCUCACACACGCAUAGAAAACAGUGUCCCCCCAGAUGUGACAUCCUCCACUCCCCUGGAGACGGGGUCCAGGGUGGACCUGCCUCCGGCGGUAAGGGGCAUGAGCCGUGGACAGAGCCGCUCCAGCAUCCUGGACACUGCAGACGGAAAAAGAAAAGGUGUUCCUGUCAAUAGCAGGGUGUCCACUAAGAUCCAGCAGCUGUUGAACACACUCAAACGGCCGAAGAGACCACCACUCAGCGAAUUCUUCCUUGAUGACUCUGAGGAAAUUGUAGAAGUGCCCCAGCCGGACCCCAACACCCCAAAGCCAGAGGGACGUCAAAUCAUCCCGGUGAAGGGGGAGCCCCUUGGAGUGGUCAGUAACUGGCCUCCAGCCCUGCAGGCUGCCCUGGCACGUUGGGGGGCCACCCAGGCCAAGAGCCCUGCCCUCACUGCUCUGGACGUCACUGGCAAACCCCUCUACACACUCACAUAUGGAAAACUAUGGAGUCGCAGUCUGAAACUGGCCUAUACACUGCUGAAUAAACUGGGCACCAAGACAGAACCUGUCCUACAACCUGGAGAUCGGGUGGCACUGGUGUAUCCUAAUAGCGACCCUGGAAUGUUCUGGGUGGCUUUCUAUGGCUGCCUGUUAGCUGAGGUCAUCCCUGUGCCCAUUGAGGUACCACUGUCACGACAGGAUGCAGGCAGCCUGCAGAUUGGCUUCCUAUUGGGUAGCUGUGGUGUUAGUCUGGCGCUGACCAGUGAGUUGUGUCUCAAAGGACUGCCAAAGACACCAAGCGGCGAAAUCAUCCAGUUCAAAGGUUGGCCAAGGAUGAAAUGGGUAGUGACAGACACCAAGUAUCUGACCAAACCAUCCAAAGACUGGCAGCCUCACAUCCCCACCGCCAACACAGACACCGCCUACAUAGAGUAUAAAGCAAGUAAGGAGGGGACAGUGAUGGGAGUUGCUGUGUCCAAGACCUCCAUGCUGACCCACUGUCAAGCCCUGACGCAGGCCUGUAACUACUGUGAAGGAGAGACACUGGUCAAUGUGUUAGAUUGCAAGAAGGAUAUGGGCAUGUGGCAUGGCGUCUUAACGAGUGUCAUGAACAGAAUCCACACCAUCACAGUGCCAUAUGCUGUCAUGAAAGCAUGUCCCAUGUCCUGGGUGCAAAGGGUCCACAUUCACAAAGCACGUGUGGCCUUAGUGAAGUGCCGGGACCUCCACUGGGCCAUGAUGGCCCACAAGGACCAGCGGGACACCAACCUGUCCUCCAUACGUAUGCUUAUUGUGGCUGAUGGAGCAAACCCAUGGUCUGUGUCGUCGUGUGAUGCCUUCCUGAAUGUGUUUCAGUCUCAUGGUCUGAAGCCUGAGGUGAUCUGUCCAUGUGCAACCUCUCCUGAGGCUCUGACUGUGGCCAUACGCAGGCCCGGUGCACGAGGAGCUCCUCUACCAGCCAGAGCCAUCCUGUCCAUGGGCGGGCUGAGCCACAGCGUGAUCAGGGUGAACACAGAAGACAAGAACUCUGCUCUCACUGUUCAGGAUGUGGGCCACAUCAUGCCUGGAGCUCUGAUGUGCAUUGUAAAACCGGACGGGCCUCCUCAGCUGUGCAAGACAGAUGAAAUAGGAGAGAUUGUGAUCAACUCUCGGGCUGGAGGCACCAUGUAUUACGGCCUGCCUGGGGUUACCAAGAACACAUUUGAGGUGAUCCCCGUCAACCAAGCCGGAGCACCCAUAGGAGAAAUUCCCUUCAGUCGGACGGGCCUGCUUGGAUUUGUAGGACCGGGCAGUCUGGUGUUUGUUGUGGGUAAGAUUGAGGGGCUGCUGUUGGUGAGCGGUCGACGCCACAACGCCGACGACCUGGUGGCCACCGCGCUGGCAGUGGAGCCCGUCAAAACAGUUUACAGGGGAAGGAUCGCUGUGUUCUCAGUGACGGUGUUUUAUGAUGAGAGGAUAGUAAUUGUGGCAGAGCAGAGGCCUGACGCUAGUGAAGAAGACAGCUUCCAGUGGAUGAGUCGAGUACUGCAGGCCAUUGACAGCAUCCACCAGGUCGGCCUGUACUGCCUUGCGCUCGUCCCGGCCAACACUCUCCCAAAGACGCCCCUUGGAGGCAUCCACAUCUGUGAAACCAAGCAGAACUUUCUGGAGGGAAACCUGCACCCCUGUAACAUCCUCCUGUGCCCGCACACCUGUGUUACAAACAUGCCCAAGCCACGCCAGAAACAGCCAGUGGAUGUCGGCCCUGCUUCUAUGCUGGUUGGCAACUUGGUGGCCGGGAAGCGGAUCGCCCAGGCUACAGGCAGAGAGCUGGGUGUGGUGGAGGACCAGGAUCUGAUCCGAAAGCUCUGUAUGUGGCCCACCAUGAUGCACCAGUUUUUGUCGGAAGCUCUGCAAUGGAGAGCUCAAACCGACCCAGACCACGUCCUAUAUGUGCUGCUCAAUGCCAAGGGGGUGGCAGUGUGCACAGCCACUUGUGCUCAGCUGCACAAGAGAGCAGAGAAAAUAACAGCUACCCUUAUGGAGCGAGGAGGCCUCAACACAGGAGACAAUGUGGUGCUGCUUUAUCCCCCAGGUAUUGACCUGAUAGCUGCCUUCUAUGGCUGUCUUUAUGCGGGCGUCAUCCCAGUGACAGUGAGGCCGCCCCAUCCACAGAACCUGGCUGCUACUCUCCCCACUGUCCGCAUGAUCAUCGAUGUGAGCAAAGCAGCCUGCAUCCUUACCACUCAGCCUCUCAUGAGGAUCCUCAGGUCCAGGGAGGCUGCUGCCAGCGUCAACAUCAAGACGUGGCCCACUAUCAUUGAUACAGAUGAUCUUCCCAGAAAGCGGCCUCCGCACAUUUAUAAACCUCCUACAGCUGAGAUGCUGGCCUAUCUGGACUUCAGUGUGUCCACCACAGGCAUGCUAACUGGAGUCAAGAUGUCCCAUGCUGCAGUCAGCACUCUGUGCCGCUCCAUUAAGCUGCAGUGUGAGCUCUACUCAUCACGCCAAAUAGCCAUCUGCCUGGACCCAUACUGUGGUCUGGGCUUUGUCCUGUGGUGCCUCUCCAGCGUUUACUCAGGUCACCAGUCCAUCCUAAUCCCUCCCCUGGAGCUGGAGAGCUCGCUGCCUCUGUGGCUGAGCACGCUCAGCCAGUACAAGAUCAGAGACACCUUCUGCUCCUACUCUGUCAUGGAGCUCUGCACCAAAGGCCUGGGCACCCAGACAGAGAUGCUGAAGGCACGGGGUCUGAAUCUGUCGUGCGUGCGGAGCUGUGUGGUGAUAGCAGAGGAGCGUCCUCGCCUCGCUCUAACGCAGUCCUUCUCCAAGCUCUUCAAAGAUCUUGGCCUGUCGCCCCGCGCCGUUAGCACCGCCUUUGGCUCCAGGGUCAACCUGGCCAUUUGCCUGCAGGGCACUGCUGGACCAGACCCCUCCACUGUCUACGUUGACAUGAAGUCUCUGCGCCACGACAGGGUGAGGCUGGUAGAACGAGGAGCACCACAGAGUAUUCCACUCAUGGAGUCUGGCACUAUCCUACCAGGAGUGAGGGUCAUCAUAGUCAACCCGGAGACCCGAGGCCCACUGGGAGAUUCACAUCUUGGGGAGAUCUGGGUGAACAGCCCUCACAGUGCCAGUGGCUACUACACCAUCUAUGGGGAGGAGAGUCUACAGGCGGAUCAUUUCAACACAAGACUCAGCUUUGGGGAGCCCCACACUCUUUGGGCCAGGACGGGCUACCUGGGCUUCAUCAAGAGGACUGAGCUCCUGGAUGCAAGCGGAGAUCGUCAUGAUGCCUUGUUUGUGGUGGGCUCUCUUGAUGAAACGUUGGAGUUGAGGGGGCUACGCUAUCACCCCAUAGACAUCGAGACGUCUGUGUCCCGAGCCCACCGCUGCAUUGCAGAAAGUGCUGUGUUUACAUGGACCAACCUGCUGGUGGUGGUGGCGGAGCUGAGCGGCUCGGAGCAGGAGGCUUUGGACCUGGUGCCCCUCGUCACUAACGUGGUCCUGGAGGAGCACCACCUCAUCGUCGGGGUGGUGGUCAUCGUGGACCCCGGGGUGAUCCCCAUCAACUCCAGAGGAGAGAAGCAGAGGAUGCACCUGCGAGACUCCUUUCUGGCAGACCAACUGGACCCCAUCUAUGUGGCCUACAACAUGUGAUUCACCAACUAAUGAGAAUGCAGAAAACGGAGCCAGGCUCUGGGAAUAGACGUGAGGGAGACGGACUCGCGGCGCGCGUUCAGUAGCAACCCCGACGCUUAAGCUCAAAUACAUGUUCAGAACACCAAAUAAUGUGAGAAUGCAAGUAUUGUAACAAGAAGGCGCUUCCCUCUCAGAAACGGUUUCUUCUUUGCUUCCACCUGCUCAAUCGCUGCAGUCCAGGUUCACCGAGAUCUACUGAGUGGAUCUUGAUAGUAGAUCCCCCCCGUCAAAUGGAGGGUACAUGAUGUUGAUCCUCUCCAUGCAUCCCACUUCUCCUUCAUUGCUCCAAAUCAUGUUUUUAAAGACAUUUUUAAUUACAUGCUUUCAUAAAAAAAAAAAAA